AUGGUGGGCAAGGUCAGCGAAAGAGUCCUCCUGCGGGAAGGCCUCGAGAGGACAGACAAUGGCAUGAAGCAGACGAGUUGGCCCGAUGUCAUUCCGAUUAACCAAAAGAACUACUACACAGACUAUAUGAAGCGCGAUGAUCAAAUCUUGGCCGUCCGACUCCAGACCGAUGCCUCGCGCGAUAGGAUGCUUCAGGGCGCCAAGGAGCGGGACCGCGCGCAGGCCGCCAAGGCUGCCAACAGCGAAGUCCCCCUCCCGAUCGCCGACCUCCAGGGCGAAGACCCGAACGUGGCCGCGCAGGACUCGACAGCGAUAGACCCGACCAAGGUGAUUGUGAUUCACCCCGGCAGCCAGAACCUACGCAUCGGCUUCGCGAGCGACGCGCUUCCUAAGACGAUUCCGAUGACGCUAGCGACCAAGUUCCCCCAGACCGAGUCGGAGAUGUACGAGGCGCUGCCGAGGCGGCAGUUCGAGGCCAAGACGCCGGAGCAGCAGUACGGGGAGGAAUGGGCCAAGAAGUUUCAGAAGCACAGCGGGGACCUCAAAGUGGAGAUGAGGGCGGCGAAGCGCAAGGUUCUGCCCAACUCCAAGGAGAUGGUUCUCAACUACAACCGCCGUACCGAACCCGAGGAGAUUCCGCUGCACAACGACCCGCUGCAGGUGGACUGGACCGAGGUGGACGCGCUCGAGGACCCGCAAUCGUCGGCGUCAUGCAUGAUUGGCCACCAGGCGACGAGGAUCCCCGACGACUCGAACCCCAAGUUCAAGCUGUGGUGGCCCAUUCAGCACGGGUGGAUGAACGAGGAUGACUACACGACAGCGGAGCACCUCUACGACGACUUUGAGACGCUGCUGGACAAGGCUAUUCGGCAGGAUCUAGGGCUGACGAGGAACAGCACGUGGAGGCAGUACAGCUGCGUCUUCAUCGUGCCGGAUCUAUACGACAAGAAGUAUGUGGAGAACGUGCUCCGGUCGUGCAUGACCUGGUUCGAGUUCAACCGGGUCUGCUUCAUUCAGGAGAGCAUGGCGGCGACGUUUGGCGCGGGUUACACCCAGGCGUGUGUGGUAGAUGUCGGCGCGCAAAAGACAUCCAUCACGUGUGUUGAGGAUGGGCUGUGCCUUGAAGACUCUAGGAUCAACCUAAAGUACGGCGGCUACGACGUGACGGAGACGUUUAUCAAGAUGAUGCUCUACGACAACUUUCCCUACGAGGAGAUCAACCUGCGCCGGCGCUACGACUUUUUGCUGGCGGAGGAGCUCAAGAUCAAGCACUGCACCAUGUCGCAGGCGGACGUGUCGGUGCAGCUCUUCCAGUUCCAUCUCCGCGCUCCGAACCAGCUCACGCGCAAGUACCAGUUCAAGACGUACGACGAGGUGAUACUCGCGCCCAUGGGAUUCUACGACCCGAGCCUCUUUGACAACACGACGAAGCUCCGGGGCCGAAGGAAGCUGAUCGACCGGUCAUAUAACUCGUACGACGUCGAGGUUCCCGACGACCCCACUUCGCAGGCGCAGCUCGCCAUCCUCGCGCUCGUCAAACCAUCCAUCAUCUCCAACGGCAUCGGCCAGGGUGGGGCAGCCGGUAACAACGAUGUUUCCACGCCGGUCAAGGAGAAGCCGCACCCCUUCAAUUUCUUAUCCCGGGUGGAUGCGGCGCUCUCGGCCACGCCCAGCGCAUCUAACGCGCCGUCGCCGGCCCCCGACGGUACCAGCACGCCCGUGCCACCGCCCUUCAUCUUUGGCAAGGACGGCAACGGGCACGCGGACAGCCCAGCGCCGGGGGCGGGCACGCCAGGACCGGGAGGGGCGACGCAGUCGGCGCAAGCGUCCUUUGCGGAGGCGACGCCGGCCGUAGCAACGCGCAGCGCGGUGGACAUUGCGGACGAGCGCGACUCGGUGCUACCGGUGGCGCCGCUAGAUGUGGCGGUCCUGACGAGCAUCCAGAACGCGGCACGCGGGGACGAGAAGAAGUUGCGGGACCUCUUGGGCAGUAUCAUGGUGAUUGGCGGGGGCGCCAAGAUCCCGCAGUUCGCCAGCGUGCUGGAGGAGAAGCUCAAGGCGCGGCGGCCGGACCUGUACGACCGCAUCCUCAUCAGCAGGAGCGCGAGGGACAUGGACGAGCAGGUGGUGGUGUGGAAGGGGGCGAGCGUGUUUGCUAAGUUGUCGACCAACGACUCGUGGAUUGUGCCGCUCGAGUACGAGAGGCUGGGGUCGAGGGCUCUUCACCACAAGGUGAUGUGGUCGUGGUAA